CCCAAGAUGAAGUCUUCUUUGGCUUUGGCUGUCGCCGCGGCUCUCACGUCGCCCGUCGCGGCGGAAUGUGCUGCCCGCUCUACCCAGUCGAACUGCCACUGCUUGCCUGGUGACAGCUGCUGGCCCUCGGCCUCGACCUGGGACUCCCUGAACAGCACCGUUGGUGGCCGUUUGAUCGCGACGGUGCCUGUCGGGUCGCCAUGCCACGAUCCCACCUACGACGCCGCCGCCUGCAAGUCUUUGCAGGAUAACUGGCACCACCCUCAGGUCCACCUCGACUCCUCGUCGUCGGUCAUGCAGACCUUCUUUGCCAACCAGAGCUGUGACCCCUUUACUGCGCAGUCUCGGUCGUGCGAGCUGGGCAACUACCCUAGCUACGCGGUCGAUGUCUCGUCCAGCGACGACGUGAUUGCUGCCAUUCAGUUUGCGCAGAAGAACAACAUUCGCUUUGUCAUUCGCAACACCGGCCAUGAUUACUUUGGUCGCUCGACCGGUGCCGGUGCUCUCUCCGUCUGGAUGCACCACCUGCACGACGUCGAAUACAAGGACUGGUCCGACUCCAACUACCAGGGUCCCUCGUUCAAGGUCGCUGCCGGCACCAUGGGAUACCAGAUCCUCGAGGCCGCCUCCGAGAAGAACCUCGUCGUCGUCACCGGCGAGUGCCCCACGGUCGGUGUCGCCGGUGGUUUCAUCCAGGGUGGUGGCCACUCCGCCCUCAGCACGACUUUCGGUCUCGGCGCUGACCAGACCCUGGAGUUCGAGGUUGUCACUGCUGAUGGAAAGCUCGUCACUGCCAACCGCUCCGAGAACUCGGACCUCUUCUGGGCCCUCAGCGGCGGCGGUGCCGGUAACUACGGCGUCGUCAUGUCCGUCACCGUUAAGGCUCACCCCGACGUCAAGGUCUCCGGCGCCGGCGUCCAGUUCACCGCGUCCGGCAUCUCCAGCGAGACCUUCGACGAGGCCGUCUCCAAGUUCCACUCCCUCCUGCCCAAGAUGAUCGACCAGGGCGUCACCGUCAUCUACCAGAUGACCGCCGUCUUCUUCGCCAUAAACCCCAUCACCGGCUACAACAAGUCCACCGACGAGAUCAAGUCCAUCCUGCAGCCCUUCCUGGACGCCCUCUCCGACCUCGGCAUCCAAUACAAGUCCGACGUCACCGAGUACGAGUCCUACCACGACCACUACAACAAGUACAUGGGCCCCUUGCCCUGGGGUAACCUCGAGGUCUCGACCUUCCAGUACGGCGGACGCCUCGUGCCGCGCAACGCCCUGGACAGCAACCCGGCCGGCAUCGGCAGCGCGCUGCGCAACCUGACCCAGCAGGGCAUCAUCGCCGUGGGCGUGGGCCUGAACGUGUCGUCGCCGGGCGACGUCUCGAACGCCGUGUUCCCCGAGUGGCGCCGCGCCGCGGUGACGGUGCAGUUCGGCACGUCGUGGAACGAGACGGCGCCGUGGUCCGCCAUGAUCGCCGACCAGGACCGCAUCACCAACGAGUACGUGCCGCAGCUCGAGGCCGUCACCCCCGGCGGCGGCACCUACCAGAACGAGGCCAACUUCCGCCAGCCCAACUGGCAGAAGACCUUCUUCGGCGAGAACUACUCGCCGUUGCUGCAGGUCAAGCAGAAGUACGACCCGGACAACUUCUUCUACGUGCUGAAGGGCGUGGGCAGCGAGGCGUGGUCCGUUGCCGAGGAUGGCCGCAUGUGCCGUACCAACUAGAAAAUGGCUGGAUGUUUUGUAUCGUGUAUAGUAUGCUAGACCGUCGUUAGAGAUACCUAUUACCUGCGAUAGAU